AUGACUCGAUCAAACACUAUUGGACAAGUGAUUUGCACUCUGUUGCUCUUGGUCAGCUUGGAACAAAGUCUGGUCGUUGCCGUACCCCGUCGAUUAGAUCCUCUGGACCGACGCAUAUAUUACGUGGCUGCGGAACCCGAAUCCCCUGAUUUCGACUGGGACCUACCGGAGUUGGCGCAUGCCUCGUACAAACGCUCGCACUAUAUGAGUCAACGUUUGGGCAAGUAA